UCUUGAAUCAGUAUCACUGAGAGGGUCUCUGUUUUCGUGAAAACUCACUGCCGGCGUUUACUAUUUAUUCAUGCGGUGCGCGCUCGAAAGGAACACCGCACCUCGGUCACGUUCCAGAGCUGCUGCGCUGAGAUGAAGAAGGUCCUUACCUGCUGCUCAAAUGCCUCAUGUAUCUCAGGGUACAUUCAUAACUGAAGCUCUUCUAGGCUAGUGGAUGAAGAUAAGAGGGUAGGCAAAAGGAGGUUCUAAAUUCGGAGUGCUUCCUGUGGGAAUGGUUUACCAGUAGCCGCUCAUGUUGGAUGUCGGUCGUGCACAACGCACAGGACAGAUUGAAGCAUGGCGUUCAAACCAGUACCUCAGUGUGCUGAGAAGACACCUCAACCAUAUAUAAAUUCAGAAUUCAUGCGGGGCAUGAACUGACUCUAACUCGGCCGCAUCAUGAACGUCGGUACGAAAAACUCUCAUGCCCCUCAAGAUAUAGCCUCAGGGAGUGCAGCUGUGCCACGUGUAGUGCCCGAUCCCAUAUACCGACAUGCAGCACCGUCGGGACCGUGGCCAUGGAUGAACUUGAACGUUGGCUCUCACACGAAUGAUAGGACCAACAGUAACGUGCCAGAAUCCUGGCAGGGUUACCCUCAGAACAAGUUCAGGAACUGGACUACAGAUCAAGUAAAGCGAAGUAAGAUGUUUAAAAAGUGUUCGACGAAUCAAGUUGCCACUAUUUACUGGAUGGAUGUGCAUGAAGACGGGAAGUUUGCGGCCAAAUCAGAUGUGGGAGGAAACGAUGACACUACAGUAGUGUCCGAGUCGACUCAAGCUCAAGAUCAGUUUUGGACGUUGUUGUCGCAGAAACGACCAAAAAACAUCCGAGUACGAUCGUUAUUUGUGGAUGAUUUGACAGAAUCGGUCUUGCGCAUGUUGGGGACAAAAUACGAUAUCGAGCCAUUCUUUUUCACGUCCUCCAUUAAUUGGAUACCCUCGCGAUAUCAGGAAGCACUUCGUCAAGGAAAAGGAGAUCAUAUCACUAUUACCUUACCAUUCUUACGACCAGAACAGAAAUCGCUAUCACCACGCACUCGCCCAUCGCCAACUGACCCUGAACCAUGGCACUUCGUGAUCACCUCCGAUUUACCUCCGGCAAAUGCGAUCGAUAUCCAGGCUCCUUUUUCAACAAGAGAUGGUCGCAUGCUCUUCAUUGACCUCCUCGCAGUCCACAUGGUCCGCGACGAAGAAAACACUAUCAUAUCCUAUCAUCCCGAGUCUACAGGGGAUCGAACAUCUGCGAAGCAUCUCCACUCGCUCAUACAGCUCGUGGGGGAAAGUGUGUACUGGCAAAAAAUAUUCAACAACUCCAAAGACCCGACAUUCCUCCUUCUCGCAAUUUUAUGGUAUGCGCUAUAUGAAUGGGAUGAGUCCCUUGAUUUGCUAUACAGCUAUGUUAGUGAGCUGGAACGACAAGUACUGCAUCUGGAUAAUAUCUCACUUACACAUGACCUGCAUGUCCUCGAAGCGCGUCUUUUGCACUACCAAUCACUCCUUCAUGGCUUCGAGGUAUCGGUAAAGUUUCUCGAGACGACCCCCAAUCCAGCCAUGGAGUCCCAUGGAGUUACCGACGAAGAGCGCAGGGACUCUGAUGCACUUAUGAAGAAGGAGUGCAAUAAUCUACUCAGCGAAAUUGAUCGUCUAGAAAGGCGACGGACGAUGCUGAGCAGUCGACUGAAGAAUGCGAUGGACCUUGCGUUUGCGAUCGUUAAUGCUGAGGACAGUAGGCGGAUGCAGAGGUUCUCAUACCUUACGUUAGUCUUCCUACCGGCGGGUUUCAUUGCGGCUAUCUUUACGAUGAACAUCAAAGAGAUUAAUAAUGGGACACAAACACUCGGUCACUACGUGGUGGCCACCGUUUCGCUCACGCUUCUCACGAUUUACGUCGUCGUCGUGCUUCAGAGACAGAACUGGGUCCACAGACGCCAGGCUACCUUCCUGCAGCGCGUAUUGUGGCCCAUUCAUUUAAUACUCCGGAAGAUCAUUUUCCCUCUACACGAGAUGUGGGUGCGACAGUACAGGGGGUCGCCAACGGAUGCCAGUGGCCUGGCGUGAUGAUACGGAUUCAAACAUAUGCAUACAUACGGUAACAUACCCGUAAAAUAUUUCAUGCUAUAUUCAUUGUCCUUG